CCUAAUGACUCCCUUCUCGAUUAACUCAGUUUUUACGCGAGAUUUUUUCCUUUAAAUGACAUAUGCAAACUAAACUAGCAAGAAUCACAAUCGCCUCGUUCAUUUCUCUGUUUUGGGCGGGUUUCUUGUUUUUUAUGUAAAGGCUAUAGCAUGCUUCACUCAGGAAGUACACAAACGUGCAUGCUGUGCUACUUAUAGACUUGUGCUAGAAACCACAAGUGCUGAAGUCUAGAAUUGUGGCUUAUUGUUCUGAUGAACACCUUUGCCUCAGUGGUCUUCAUGCACGCUCAUAAGAUUGAGUUCUCGCGCAGAAGAAGGUUAGAAAAUGGUUUGCAUUAAACGAAGAUUUCAGCUUGGGGUUAAUAGGACGUAAUGUGCUACAUUAAAAAAGAAGGUGAGUAAAAGUACUGUUAAAAUAGCUUGUCUUGAUGACUUCAAACAAUAUGUGAGGCGUUUGGUUUGAAUAUGGCUAUGGAGGGAUUCAAGCUGAGAAGUGAACACAUUAUUCUAAUCUGCGUCUAUGCUGUUACCAUCUUCUUCAUCAUUGUGUUUGGAUGCCUUGCCCUAAAAAAGUAUCGGUCAAUGAAGAGGAUCAUACGGCAGCUUAGUCAGACAAGACCAGACUUUCAAGUUCCUUCCCAUGAUUCUCCUCCUCCAUCUCCAACCAUCCUGGAUAUUCCUGAUCCAGCGAACCAUUCAGCAGAAAAUCCAUUACACAGACAACCAACAACAAGCAAACGAACAAGCUGCAUAUUACCCUGGAAGCCCUCUCAACAGGUACCGCGGUUCACAAAAGCAGACCUGAGCCUUAUUCAACUUAUAAAAGCAGGCAGAGAAGGGGUUUUCUACAAAGCAAGAUUAACAAGAGGAACUUGUAAAGGCCACGCACUGGUCACUUGUAAAAUUGGAAAAGAAGGUAUCACCAGUAAGCAGAUGGAAAAUGAGGUGUCUAUUAUGAGAAAGCUGGCGUAUCAUAAAAAUGUGAUGCAGCUGCUAGACUGGAAUACAACAGAGGAGCCGUAUAUGCUGAUCAUGGAGUUCAUGAGCUACGGCACGAUGCGCAGUUUUGUUCAAAAGAACAAAGAGCAACUGAGCGCGGACCGUGAACUACAAAGCCAGUUCACCAUCGCGUCUUACCACAUCGCCCUGGCCAUGGAACAUUUACGCUCAAAAAUGGUGGUGCAUUGUGACCUUGCCCUGAGGAACAUUCUGGUGAGUCGAUUCCCAUGGGAGGUGAAGGUAACAGAGUUUGGCCUGGCCAGAGACCUGACCCGCAUGAGGAGCAGACGCAGCAGCCGAAAAAAGCAACACAGGGAGCGCGUGCCCCUGCGCUGGUACCCUCCGGAAUAUUUCCGAAACAACUACUAUAGCUUUAAGGGUGAUGUCUGGGCAUUUGGUAUUGUGCUGUGGGAAAUGCAGUCAUUUGGUGCUUUGCCGUUUUCGAAUCUGAGCACAUCUGAUGAAGUGGUGUAUAAUGUCUGUUCUGGAUAUAAGAAUCCUGUCCCCAGCACAUGCCGUCCAGAGAUAGAACAGAUCAUACGAGACUGCUGGUCAGACUCGUACACAUCCAGACCCUCAUUUACAGACAUUGCCAGGAUCUUGGAGAACAUUGUGGAAAGUGACGGGGAUUAUGUGGACGUUGACAACCAAAGAAUGAUGACUGCAGAAACAACUCCAACAAUCAACUCCAAAUUUUAGUCAUCUUUUUAAAACAUAUUUAAUCAUGCAACACUUAUAGUU